AUGGUGUGUCUCAUUCCUGUACUCCCUCAUCCUAAUCACCUCAUUCCUCUACUCCCUCAUCCUAAUUACCUCAUUCCUCUACUCCCUCAUCCUAAACACCUCAUUCCUCUAUUCCCUCACCCUGAUCGCCUCAUUCCUCUAUUCCCUCACCCUGAUAAGCUCAUUCCUGUACUCCCUAAUCAUAAUAACCUCAUUCCUCUACUCCCUCAUCCUAAUCACCUCAUUCCUCUACUCCCUACUCCUAAUCACCUCAUUCCUCUACUCCCUCAUCCUAAUCACGUCAUUCCUCUAUUCCCUCAUCCUAAUCACCUCAUUCCUCUACUCCCUCAUCCUAAUCACCUCAUUCCUCUACUCCCUAGUCCUAAUCACCUCAUUCCUCUAUUCCCUCACCUUGAUCAGCUCAUUCCUGUACUCCCUAAUCAUAAUCACCUCAUUCCUCUACUCCCUCAUCCUAAUCACCUCAUUCCUCUACUCAUCCUAAUCACCUCAUUCCUCUACUCCCUAAUCCUAAUCACCUCAUUCCUCUACUCCCUACUCCUAAUCACCUCAUUCCUCUACUCCCUCAUCCUAAUCACCUCAUUCCUCUAUUCCCUCAUCCUAAUCACCUCAUUCCUCUACUCCCUCAUCCUAAUCACCUCAUUCCUCUACUCCCUCAUCCUAAUCACCUCAUUCCUCUACUCCCUCAUCCUAAUCACCUCAUUCCUCUACUCCCUCAUCCUAAUCACCUCAUUCCUCUAUUCCCUCACCCUAAUCACCUCAUUCCUCUAUUCCCUCACCCUGAUCAGCUCAUUUUUGUACUCCCUAAUCCUUAUCACCUCAUUCCUCUAUUCCCUCAUCCUAAUCACCUCAUUCCUCUAUUCCCUCAUCCUAAUCACCUCAUUCCUCUGCUCCCUAAUCCUAAUCACCUCAUUCCUCUACUCCCUCAUCCUAAUCACCUCAUUCCUCUAUUCCCUCAUCCUAAUCACCUCAUUCCUCUGCUCCCUAAUCCUAAUCACCUCAUUCCUCUACUCCCUCAUCCUAAUCACCUCAUUCCUCUACUCCCUCAUCCUAAUCACCUCAUUCCUGUAUUCCCUCACCCUGAUCAGCUCAUUUUUGUACUCCCUCAUCCUAAUCACCUCAUUCCUCUAA